CUGUGCAGUGCCUACCCUGUGUUAUACUAUCUCCCAGGAAGCCAUAACAAAUUCUUUAAACAUGUAACUGAACAGAGAGAGUUUAUUUUGAAGGAAAUAAAAAGGCAUCAAGAAUCUCUGAACCUCAGUAACCCUCAGGACUUUAUAGACUAUUUCCUGAUUAAAAUGGAAAAGGAAAAACAGAAUAAAAACUCAGAAUUUACCAUGGAAAACCUGGUCAUCACCAUAUCGGACCUUUUUGGUGCAGGAACAGAGACAACGAGUUCCACAAUAAAAUAUGGGAUUUUGCUCCUGCUGAAGCAUCCAGAGGUCACAGCUAAAAUUCAAGAAGAAAUUACACGUGUGAUUGGCAGACAUCGGAGGCCCUGCAUGCAGGACAGAAACCACAUGCCCUACACAGAUGCUGUGCUGCACGAGAUCCAGAGAUACAUUGACUUUGUUCCCAUUCCCUUGCCUCGUAAAACAACACAGGAUGUGGAAUUCAGAGGAUACCACAUUCCCAAGGGCACAAGUGUAAUGGCAUGUCUGACAUCUGUCCUAUAUGAUGAGAAAGAAUUUCCCCACCCAGAGAAGUUUGACCCUGGUCACUUUCUGGAUGAGAGAGGCAACUUCAAGAAGAGUGACUACUUCAUGGCUUUCUCAGCAGGAAGAAGAUCUUGCCUUGGAGAAGGUCUGGCCCGCAUGGAGAUGUUUUUAAUCCUGACCAACAUUUUACAGCAUUUUACUUUAAAACCUCUGGUCAAUCCAGAGGACAUUGAUACCACCCCAGUUCUAACUGGCCUGUUGUCUUUGCCUCCAUCCUAUGAGCUCUGUUUCAUUCCAGUCUGA